AUGAGCGCCCCUCCGGUCCUGCGGCCGCCCAGCCCGCUGCUGCCCGUGGCGGCGGCGGCAGCGGCGGCUGCCGCUGCGCUGGUCCCGGGGUCGGGGCCGGGGCCCGCGCAGUUCUUGGCUUCCGUCGCGGCCCCGGCCGGGGGCAUCUCGUUCCAUCUGCAGAUCGGCCUGAGCCGCGAGCCGGUGCUGCUGCUGCAGGACUCGUCCGGGGACUACAGCCUGGCGCACGUCCGCGAGAUGGCUUGCUCCAUCGUCGACCAGAAGUUUCCUGAGUGUGGUUUCUAUGGAAUGUAUGAUAAGAUCCUGCUUUUUCGCCAUGACCCUACCUCCGAAAACAUCCUUCAGCUGGUGAAAACGGCUAGUGAUAUCCAGGAAGGUGAUCUUAUUGAAGUUGUCCUGUCAGCUUCUGCCACCUUUGAAGACUUUCAGAUUCGUCCCCACGCUCUUUUUGUUCAUUCAUACAGAGCUCCAGCUUUCUGUGAUCACUGUGGAGAAAUGCUGUGGGGGUUGGUGCGACAAGGCCUUAAAUGUGAAGGAUGCGGUCUAAAUUACCAUAAGAGAUGUGCAUUUAAAAUCCCCAACAAUUGCAGUGGUGUGAGGAGGAGAAGGCUCUCCAACGUUUCCCUCACUGGGCUCAGCACCGUCCGUACAGCGUCUGCUGAGCUCUCCACCAGCGCCCCUGAGGAGCCUCUCCUGUCUCCUGUGAGUCCUGGCUUUGAGCAAAAGUCACCAUCUGAGUCCUUUAUUGGUCGGGAGAAGAGGUCGAAUUCUCAGUCAUACAUUGGACGACCAAUUCAGCUCGACAAGAUUUUGAUGUCUAAGGUGAAAGUGCCACACACGUUCGUCAUCCACUCAUACACCCGGCCCACCGUGUGCCAGUACUGCAAGAAGCUGCUCAGGGGCCUCUUUCGGCAGGGCCUUCAGUGCAAAGAUUGCAGAUUCAACUGUCACAAACGUUGUGCCUCCAAAGUGCCCAACAACUGCCUUGGUGAAGUGACCAUUAAUGGAGAUUUGCUUAGCCCUGGGGCAGAGUCUGAUGUGGUCAUGGAAGAAGGGAGUGAUGACAAUGACAGUGAAAGGAACAGUGGGCUCAUGGAUGACAUGGAAGAGGCAAUGGUUCAAGAUGCUGAGGUGGUGAUGGCAGAGUGCCAGAAUGACAGUGGGGAAAUGCAGGACCCAGACCCGGACCCAGAGGACUCCAACAGAACCAUCAGUCCAUCAACAAGCAACAAUAUCCCACUCAUGAGAGUCGUGCAGUCUGUCAAACACACGAAGAGGAAAAGCAGCACAGUAUUGAAAGAAGGGUGGAUGGUCCACUACACCAGCAAGGACACCCUGCGGAAACGGCACUAUUGGAGAUUGGAUAGCAAAUGUAUUACCCUCUUUCAGAAUGACACUGGAAGUAGGUACUACAAGGAAAUUCCUUUAUCAGAAAUUUUAUCGCUGGAACCGGCAAAACCUUCAGAUUUAAUUCCUAAUGGGGCCAAUCCUCAUUGUUUUGAGAUCACUACGGCCAAUGUAGUGUAUUAUGUGGGAGAAAACGUGGUCAAUCCUUCCAGUCCACCACCAAAUAGCAGCGUCCUCACCAGUGGCGUUGGUGCGGAUGUGGCCAGGAUGUGGGAGAUGGCGAUCCAGCAUGCCCUCAUGCCCGUCAUUCCCAAGGGCUCGACUGUAGGUUCGGGAACCAACUCGCACAGAGAUAUUUCUGUGAGUAUUUCGGUAUCAAAUUGCCAGAUUCAAGAAAAUGUGGAUAUCAGCACAGUAUAUCAGAUUUUUCCUGAUGAAGUACUGGGUUCUGGACAAUUUGGGAUUGUUUAUGGAGGAAAGCAUCGUAAAACAGGAAGAGAUGUAGCUAUUAAAAUCAUUGACAAAUUAAGAUUUCCAACCAAACAAGAAAGCCAGCUUCGUAAUGAGGUUGCAAUUUUACAGAACCUUCAUCACCCUGGUGUUGUAAAUUUGGAGUGUAUGUUUGAGACGCCUGAAAGAGUGUUUGUUGUUAUGGAAAAACUCCAUGGAGACAUGUUGGAGAUGAUCUUGUCAAGUGAAAAGGGCAGGUUGCCAGAGCACAUAACGAAGUUUUUAAUUACUCAGAUACUUGUGGCUCUGCGGCAUCUUCACUUUAAAAAUAUCGUUCACUGUGACCUCAAACCAGAAAACGUGUUGCUGGCAUCGGCAGAUCCUUUCCCCCAGGUGAAACUUUGUGACUUCGGUUUUGCCCGGAUCAUUGGAGAAAAGUCUUUCCGGAGGUCAGUGGUGGGGACCCCAGCUUACCUGGCUCCUGAGGUUCUGAGGAACAAAGGCUAUAACCGCUCUCUAGACAUGUGGUCUGUUGGAGUCAUCAUCUAUGUAAGCCUAAGUGGCACGUUCCCGUUUAAUGAAGAUGAAGACAUACACGACCAAAUCCAGAACGCAGCUUUCAUGUAUCCACCAAAUCCCUGGAAGGAAAUCUCUCACGAAGCCAUUGAUCUUAUCAAUAACUUGCUGCAAGUAAAAAUGAGAAAGCGCUAUAGUGUGGAUAAGACCUUGAGUCACCCUUGGCUACAGGAUUAUCAGACCUGGUUAGAUUUACGAGAGCUAGAGUGCAAAAUCGGGGAACGCUACAUCACCCACGAAAGCGACGACCUGCGGUGGGAGCAGUACGCAGGCGAGCAGGGGCUACAGUACCCUGCUCACCUGAUCAAUCCAAGUGCUAGCCACAGUGACAAUCCCGAAAAUGAAGAAACAGAGAUGAAAGCCCUCAGUGAGCGUGUCAGCAUCCUCUGAGUUCCAUCCCCUAUAAUCUGUCAAAACACUGUGGAAUUAAUAAAUACAUACGGUCAGGUUUAACAUUUGCCUUGCAGAACUGCCAUUAUUUUCUGUCAGAUGAGAACAAAGCUGUUAAACUGUUAGCACUGUUGAUGUAUCUGAGUUGCCAAGACAAAUCAACAGAAGCAUUUGUAUUUUGUGUGACCAACUGUGUUGUAUUAACAAAAGUUCCCUGAAACACUAAACUUGUUAUUGUGAAUGAUUCAUGUUGUAUUUAAUACAUUAAACCUGUCUCCACUGUGCCUUUGCAAAUCGGUGUCUUUCUUCCUGGAGCCUCAAAUUGGUAAGAGUCUAUGGAACCUGUCCAUGAACUAGUUCUGUUCUUUGUGUCCCAUUAGCAUUGUCAUUAUAAGGAAACUCUUGAAGAGUAGAUUAUUACCAGUUCUAUGAACAACUCCAAAACUCAUGUGGGGGGGGGGGAGAAGAAGAAGAAUGGGGAAUGGGAGAUGGAUCUACAAUGCUCAACAAAAGUGCACAGAAGAGUUUACUGUAUAGUUUCAAAUCCUUUGCCUGCCUGGUGUGCCUCAGUUUGUUUAAACUCAAAUAAAUGGACCUAGGUGCGCCUACUACUCAUAAGCCUAAAUGCCUUAGAAAUGUAAACUGCCGUAUGUUACAGAUACUUCCCCCUUUCUUACAAUACCCUGUGUACUAUGGAAAAUCAGCAGCUAAGCAAACUUUUGCUUUUGUGUAUUUUUCAAUAAUAACAAAUAAAUAUUCUUGUCAAAG